AAAAAAACAUCACAAGGAGAGCAACAAUGCACCUGCCAGACUAGGCUGCUGAAAAACAGUCUGCACAGAAAAAUGCUGUAGGGCUCCUAUAUGGAGCUUUGAUGGAAAAUGUUUCUCCUCAAGUCUUCCCUCUGGUGCAUCGUCUUCAGCCUGUUCUCGUCAGCCUGCGGCUUGGAGUUCAUAGAAUACGACAGCGAUGCAGUUAUUUGCCCACAGGCAUUUUCCGACUGCACCAUCAGAAACAGUCUUUAUGAACAAAAGGACAACCAUGUUCGGUUUGAAGCAUCUUUCAAGCUCUGCUGUAAGGCCAGCAGGGACUGUGCACUUUGUCUUGUGCUAGAGACAGAGGUCAGCAACAUCCCUAUGGCUAGAGAUGUGGAAAACGACAACCACUCUGGCAAUGACGAGGAAGAUGAAAAUGAGGAAACGACGCUUGAGAGAUCGUCUGUGACGGCAUGUUACCAUGAUCCAGCCAGCGCCUUGCCCAGAUGCAAGAAGGUGGAGUUUACAGUUAAUUACACCACUCUUGCUCACCAGAACAAGAGCAAGAUAGCCAUGGUGAUCACGGACAAGUUUAAUUUCGGAAGCCUAAUAACCGUUUAUCCCAAAAUGCGACUUGAUGCACCUUCAGAAGAGAAUGUGUGUUCCCAGGAAUCCCUCCAGAAGCAUAUACCCAUGUGUCCAGUGCCAAAGUUCCGCAUCAAACCAGUUUUCAAGGAAAAUGAUGUUGAGCUGCAGAUUGUGGGCAACAAGUCCCGCCCCUCGCUCUGCAUCAAAUACGAGGAGAACGGACGCUGUCUGAGUCUGGCCCAGACCACCAUCCCCAUUCAUUCUGUGGCACCUUGCAUGUGCAUACAGGUAUGGGAUAAAGAUGAUGAGGGAACUGUGCGUUCUCAAUUAUGCCCCUUUGACAAAACAGGAUUACCACCUCAUUUACAACACUUCAUGUGGAAAAACGUCUCGGUGAAUGUGCGCCUGAGCAAAAUGGGUGAUAGAACAGUCCUUUUAUGGAACCUUACUGCCCCCUGCAGGCUGGAUGGUGAAGUGUCGCUUUGUCACAGACCGAGCAGCAGCGAAAAUCUUGCUGGUGUGAGCAACUGGAAACAAAACAGUUUGGGACUUUGGGAAAAACAAGGAGCAUUUGAAAAUGUUGAUGAAAGCAUUUCCCAGUGUGUGAUGGUGAAAAUAAACGGAACACAUCAGGAAUUUGGUCCAUUUUGCACAUCUGACACUAGCAGAUGGCGCUGGACUCUCCUGAUUGUCGGUGUUUUGCUGGUUGGUUGUCUGACAACAUUAAUGGUUCAUUUCCUGCGUGAUUAUGUGAAGAAAUGGGCGUGGAGCUGGCAGCACGGUGGAUUCGUAAAGAUUGGCAGGAAGGGCCAUGUGGUUCUGCUGAGCCCCCCAGAUUUGGAUGACGCUGUUUCAGAGUCUGUUAGUCUGCUGGGUUCCCAGCUCUGCAGCCAGGGCUUCAGUGUGUCUGUGGACCAGUGGUGCAGGAAGGAUCAAUGCACAAUGGGACCUCUGCCAUGGCUCUACUCCCAACUCCAGAAGCUGGACAGCAUGGGUGGUCGAGUUUUGCUGGUUCUCACCCAGAAAGCCUUAGAAAAAACCGAGGAGUGGACCGUCUUGAACAACGACGGAGAAGGAAGGGAUCAGCGGCAGAUGAAGUCACCUUAUUCCGAUCUGUUUACGGCCUCAUUGUUCAUCAUUCAGGCCCACAAGAAGCUGGGCAGGGCGGCCGAGCGCUUUGUUCUGGUGAAAAUCGACUCCCACCAAACACAGAGUCACAGCAGCGACAGGAGACUUCCAGAGCUGCUUCAAGGCCUUCCUCUGUUUCUGCUUCCCUCUCAGAGCCAGUCGCUCACAACCGAACUGACCGUAGAAGAGGCAGAUGCAACACGGACAGGCUGGAGGGGGAAUAUCUGAGGUUAUCGAAACCAUUUUUGUUCAAAAAGACUUUUAAAAAAACUGCGGAUGAAUUUACAAAAAAAGUGUCACAUACGAAAUACUGCUGCAGAAUCGACAUGAAGGAUAUGCUUAUCUGGACUGAACAUGACAGAGAAGAAGUUGGCUGUAAACACUGAGUCUUUGGCUUAUAAAGAAGUAGCCCUGAAUUUUAAAAGUGAGGUUCUGGUACAAGGUUUCAGGCAGAUAUCUUAGAGUUGCAUCAGACAACUAUUUUGGUUUCUUUAUUUAGCAUAAAGCCAGGUUAGUUUGCUCCAUAGACCAAAUCAAAAGGCUUGAUUGACAGAGACCAGAUUCAUAGCAGAUUUUGGCCGUCUUAAAAGAAUUAAAAUCUUUAAACCACCAGAUCAAUUUAGGCUAUUUCUUCUUUUAUGAAUCUUUUAAAUUGUCCUCAUGUUGUACUGGCCUGUUAUUUAUAGAAAAGGUAAUGGCUAUCUAACCAGGAAGUAAAGUUUGGAGGCAGUGCACCUUAGAUGAUGUUCCUGUAUGAAAUUAGUACAGAGAAAAAGUAGUAGUCAGAGUAGUUUCUUAAUUGUGUAAAAAGUGAAAUGUGUAAAUAUUUAACAGCUAGAGUACUUUUGCUUUUUGCUCUACUUUUAUAGACGACAGCUACUCUGACUGAAAAUGCUUUCAUGCUCCAUUUUUUGUACUUUUCACACAGGGCGAUCAUUUUUGACUCACUGUCUCCUACCUUCACUUUCUGUGUAAUUAAAAACCAGGUUUUGUGUAAAUAACCCAUCAAUGCAAACAGAAUGAUGGUCUGAGCCUAAUAAAAUAGUGUUCCCUCAAAAUGUUAUGACACUUAGACAUUAAAUUUGUUUCAGGAUGGUGUGCUUUGGUACUGGCCUCCCUUUAAGAGGCUAACUUCAUCCUCCAGGACCAACUAUUUUGGAUUUAUACUAAACUGACUAUUAUGAUUUUCUACAAGUAUAAUAACUGCUUACAGCCUUUUCACAGAACCUCAUUUCAAUAACUCAACCAGUGCUAUAAUAAUGUUAUAAUGUAAUAGUCUUUCUUUAUGGAAAGACUGUGUUUUGGUCGUCUCUCAGUCCUUUGCUGAAAAUCUGAAAUAUGUUCCUGAAGCAGGUGACGUGCAGCGUCAUGAAUAAAUCUGAAGGGCAAUAAGCACAUAAAUAUGUAGACCGGUAGAUUGUGAUUUAUGGCUUCUAUUUUUAUUGUAAAUAAAUUGUAAAUAGGGAUUUUUUUUUUUACUCAUCUAUGAAUAAUAGCUUCAAAGCUAUAAGAAAAUAAUCGUACAUUUUUCAGAUGAACAUCAAAUUAUUAUUAUGUAAUAGAAUAUAAACAGCCUUUAUUGUCCUGCAAAGGGGAAAUUGAAGCGUUUACACAAAAAGUUCUUAAAGUGUUUAAAACGAUAUAUAAAGAUUCAUAAUAAAAAAUAAUAAUAAUAAUAAUAACAAUGAAAUACUGUACAAGACUAUAACAGAAAGCUGCACGUCUUUUAACUUAAACAAA